CUCUCAGCCCCCCCAUGCUGCCGGCCCCCUCGGCACGCCUUCUCCCAGGGCUGCCCCGGCCCAGCUCCAGAGCCCAGCCAGCCUCCCAUGUGCCACGGCCGCCCGGAGGACCAUCCUUACACACAAGAUGAUUACAAAGAUAACCUGUAGAUUGGGAAAAUGUGUGUCCACUGUGGCAUGUAGGACCACCCAGGUGAGAAGAUUUCUGCAUGGUGCUUAUUUCAGGAUUCAGCCCUCCGUACAGGAAGCCCUGAUGGAGGGGAGACCAGUUGUAGCCUUGGAAAGCACCAUCAUUACACAUGGCAUGGCCUAUCCUCAGAAUCUGAGCAUGGCCAGAGAGGUAGAAAAAAUUGUAACGACAAAUGGAGCAGUUCCAGCCACUAUAGGUAUUUUAAGGGGUCAAAUCCACGUGGGACUCACAGAUGAGGAGCUUCAGUUCUUGGCAAGCAGUAAAAAUGUAGUUAAAGUGUCUCGGAGAGAUCUUCCUUAUGUCCUCAGCCAGGGCUUGUCCGGUGGCACUACCGUGUCUGGAACAAUGAUUGCAGCACACAAGGCAGGAAUCUGUGUGUUUGUGACAGGAGGCAUCGGAGGCGUCCAUCGGGGAGGAGAGAACACUCUGGAUGUGAGUGCUGACUUGACAGAGCUAGGACGAACUCCAGUUGCUGUUGUAUCUGCAGGAGUCAAGUCUAUCCUUGAUAUUGGCAGGACACUGGAAUAUCUGGAGACUCAGGGAGUCUGUGUGGCUGCCUUUGGGGAGUCGAGGGAGUUCCCAGCCUUCUUCUCACGCCAGAGCGGCUUCAAGGCACCGUAUCACGUCCAGGAUGAAGAGGAGGCAGCUAAACUCAUCGCCAGUGCCAUGGGGCUAGGCCUGAGCAGCGGGGUGCUGAUAGCAGUGCCCUGUCCCCAGGAGCGAGCUGCCUCAGGCCAGGUUAUUGAAGAAGCCAUCCAGCAAGCUCUCGGCGAAGCCAGGUCCAAAGGGAUUACAGGCAAAGAACUGACCCCUUUUAUGUUACAGAAGAUCAAUGAAUUAACCAACGGGAAAUCACUGGACUCAAACCUUGCUCUGAUCAAGAACAACGCCAGAGUGGGCAGCUGCAUUGCAGUGGCCCUGAGCAAACUGCAGAAAGCUACAAGGAAUGGGAACCUGCCUCGGCAAGAGGACACAACCCCACCUCAGCCAGUGGUGAUUGGAGGUAUCAACGUUGACUUUAUAGCCAAGGCGCAGAACCCUGUCAUUCUGGGUGGUGGGCAAACGAAUGCUGGAAGAGUGAGACGAACUUUCGGCGGCGUUGGAAGAAACUUGGCAGACUGCUUAAGCCGCCUCGGGCUGACUCCUCUCUUUCUGUCUGCUGUGGGGAAGGACGAACACUCAGAGUCCAUCCUGCACUACUGUCAGCACAUGGACAUGAGUACCAUCCUGCAGCUGGAGAGGCAGAGCACAGCCACUUACUGUGCGGUGAUCACCAGUGCUGGGGAGCUGAGCGUUGGCUUGGGAGAUAUGGACAUCCACCAGCAGAUAACAGAGCAAUAUGUGUCCCAGUUCAAGGAGAAGCUGUGCCGGGCCCCACUCAUCUGCAUCGAUGGGAACGUGCCUCUGUCCACUAUCCAGUACGUCUGCCAACUAGCUAGGGAGCAUCAGCUAGCAGUGUGCUAUGAGCCAACGGAUGAGAACAAGGCCUCUAAGCCAUUCCUCUCAGACAGCUGGAAAGCACUCACGUACAUUUCCCCCAACCUCCAAGAGCUAAGAGCAAUAAAUCGGACCCUUGGGAACCCUCUGCCAGCAGAGCUGCCGUCCCGGUUGGAGGACGUUAUCCAGACAGCCAUGGCCUUGGCCCGCCCUUUGCUGGCCCACCUGUGCUGCGUGGUGGUGACCCUGGGCGCUCACGGCGUCCUUCUCUGUGGCAAGAGCCUGGGAGGGAGCAUCUCGCUUCGUCCAGCAGCUCACGAGCAGCCUGCUGCUGCCAGCCUCUGUGCCACCCACUACCCUGCCAUCCAUAUCAGCAGGGAGGAGAUAGUCAAUGUCUCCGGAGCUGGUGACAGCUUACUGGCAGGCCUCCUUGCAGGGAUGCUCGCUAAGCACGACACAGACACCUGUGUCCGGAUGGGUCUGCUGGCCGCGAGCCUGUCCCUCCGCUCCUACGAGCCCAUUUCUCCAGCAAUCAGCGCUGCCACUGUCAGCUGGCAACAAGUCCAGGGCAAGACCUGGCCAGAGGCGAAGGUAUGGAAGAUGGACUAGGUCACCACGGCGCUCUCAGCCAUCACCUCCUCAAACUGUUUUGGAGUAAACCCUCAUGGAAGGAGGCCCCAGCUCAACAAAGUUCUUGGUAACGAGCAGCUGGUUUCUGACCUUUUGGACCUCCAGCUUCCCUGAAGCUCCACUCCUACGAGACUUUCUGUUGAGGGAACUUCCCCUUCCUCUACCUCAUGUCUGUGUUGUCCAUCAUCACGGUAGCUCUGUCACUGGCUCCCAGACCUCCAGGACCACGUCUCUUCAGGCGGGCCCGGCAGCAACACCCCCUCCUGCUGCUCACUCCUGGUUUCUGUGGUGGGCCACAGCCUGUGUUAAGCCUCAGCUGGCAGGAGCACAACGCUGUAGGACAUCCUCAUCGGUCUUCCCAAGCCAGCCAGCAAACGCUGCACUUUCUUGCUCUUUAUUAGCAAGGACAUCUACAUCUAGAUCAAUUUUGUAUGAAUCAGGUCUGGACCACAGCCUUUAGACAAGCAGCCAGUACAGCCUUACACCAGCUUCCACCGACUGGUGUCCAUGCUCAUCGUCGUAACAGCUGUGUGUGAAAAUACCUGUGCUUUAUUCGGGUUUCUUCAUUGUCUGUACCAAAACCAGCUCCCUGCCCUCCU